AUGGCCCGUAGGGUGCUAUCGCAUAAUACCGACGACUCUCAGAAGGAAAACUCAGCUCCCAAUCGCGACAGAGGCAAGACAGAACAGCCGAAUCAGAGGAGAAUGGCGAAGGGCAAGGAGACCGCACGUCGACGCGUGGACAGCGAGGAAGAGCACGAUGCUCUAGAUGCCGAGGAGUAUGAUCAAGGUGAAGUGGAUGCGGAGGACGGGGAGGAGGAAGCUGAAGGCGACGAUGACGAGGAGGACGCGUCCCCUAAGGGAAGAAAGCGCGCUCGAGCGAACACCGUAGGCGACUCGCGUCCAGCUGUUAGUCCCAAGCCAGAAAAAAAGGAGCGCAUACAGACACUUCCCCGCGAUACGGAUGGCUUCAUUCCGGGAUCGAUUGUUCGUAUCAAGCUAGAGAGUUUCGUUACAUACGAUUCCGUGGAGUUCCGCCCUGGACCUUACCUUAACAUGAUAUUUGGGCCGAACGGUACAGGUAAGAGUACCAUUGCAUGUGCUAUAUGUUUAGGGUUAAACUUUCCACCAAAUGUACUCGGUCGCGCAUCGGACUUGAACUCCUUUGUAAAGAUUGGAGCGGACUCGGGAUUUAUUGAGAUUGAGCUUAAAGGCCCGAAAGGAAAAUCGAAUUUGGUUAUCAGGCGCACUUUGACCGCGAAGACCAAGAGCUCGACUUUCACCCUGAACGGCCAGUCUGCCACGGGUCGUGAAAUCCAAACUCGCAUGGCUCAGCUCAAUGUCCAAAUCAGCAAUCUCUGUACGUUCCUGCCACAAGACAAGGUGUCAGAAUUCGCACAGAUGUCUCCUCAGCAGCUCCUGAGAGAAACUCAGCGUGCAGCUGGUAAUGCCAACUUAACGUCAUGGCAUGAUACGCUUAUCAGCUCAGGAAAGGAUUUAAAGCAGCUGCUCGAGCUCCUCAAUACUGCCCGUGACCAGCAUAAGACCUUGCAAGACCGCAAUGCUACGUUAGAGCGCGAAGUCAAAAAAUACGAAGAGCGUCGUCAGAUAGAACGUGACAUUGAACUUCUCGAGCUUUUCUUACCCUUUAGAGAAUACAUAGAGGCAAAGGAAGUGUACACAGCUGCCAAAGAGGCGCAGAAGAAGUUGCUCGAUCGUGUGAAGCAAUUACAGGCUAGGAAUGCGCCAAUAGAGGAGCGGAAGAACGCGCUGGAGAAGGAAAUGAAAGAGUAUGAGGAGAGGCGAAACUUGAAGAAGGCUUCAACUCGCAAGAAGUUUGACUCAAUUUCGCGGAAGUGGGGUGAAGCAGAAAAGAUGGGUGAAUCGUCUGAGGAUCUCAAAACGAAGCUGGAGAAUCUGAAGACUGCUGAAAGAAACCGGCUCAAAGAAAUAGCGAGAUUGGAGAAAGCUAUUAACAGUGCACAGAACGAUAUUGAUAAUCCACCGCCUAUGGAGAAUCUAGAGGGGGCCCAUCGCGAGCUUAAACACGUGAGCCUUCAACGUGCGGCGCUCAAGAAUCGAAUUCAAGACCUGCAGGAUAGACAGAAGAUGAACGUAUCUAAGGCAUCCGAUGCCAGAAACCUUGUGGACCGGAAUGGAGAUCAAUUGAGACAGCUAGACGACGCCAAUCAUAGGAAAUUAGAAGGCCUGGCUAGAUGGGACGGAGACUGUGCCAAUGCCGUACGAUGGUUGAGAGCCAAUCGUCACCGAUUCAAGAUGGAAGUUUUUGAGCCUCCCAUUCUUUGCUUGACAGUUCCUGACAAGCGGUUUGUCAAUGCUGUUGAAGCUUGUUUUGGGACAUCUCAACUGAAGACUUUCGUUGCUCAAUGCGAGGAGGAUUAUCGGUUGUUCAAUCACGUAUUCGCUGACACACCAGAGGCUCUUGGGAAGAAAGUCCGUCUUCAUACGUGGUUCAGACCUGUGGAUGAGAAUCUGGUAGGCGCUCCGCCUUUGACUGAACAGGAGAUGCGUGAAUAUCAUUUUGACGGAUAUGCGAUUGACUACGUCAGCUGUCCUGAAGGUCUGAAGUGGUUUCUGAGGAACAACAUGCAACUUCAUCGAGUUGCAAUUGCUCUCGAUCCGCGCAUCGUAGAUCCCGCUCGUACAAUGGAGAUUAUGUCUAGCGGCGACGGAUCUACUAACUAUGUCGUCGGAAACGUCUUCAACAGUGCUAGCCGUUCGAGGUAUGGAAAGCGUUUAGCGCAGACCUCCACUAGAGAGAUCAGACAAGCAAAGAACCUCGUGUCAGUUGCUGUCGAUGAGGAAAUCAAAAGGCGUGUCGAGCGGGCCCUUGCCGAGGCUAGGGACACGGUGUUAGCUUGUGAGAAUGAGGCCACGCAACUUGCUGAAGAAGAGGCCGGCAUCCGGCAAGAAGAUAAAGUUUUCAAGGAUCAAAUCGACGGGCUUCAAUCUCGCAUCAGCAAAGUCUUGGAGCAGCAAAAGAGACUCACGAAUCUGAAAUUGAAGAUGGAGCGUGACGUGUCCAAGCUAGACGAUUUGCGUCUCAAGCCCUCCGUAGACGUGGAACGCGCUCGCUUGAAGCGAGAGCUUCUGAAUUUGGCACGCAAACGAGCCGAUCAUGCAAAGGAUUAUUUGACUCUCAUUCGUGCAGCGAUCAAUGAGCAAGAAGAAGCAACAUGCUUGGGAUUGCAAACAACCCAGAUUGCUGCUAACAAAGUCGCUCUCGAGGCGCUGCAUAAGGAGAAACACGAAGAAUAUCAGAAAGCUCUUGCCCGAUGGACUGAAGCCAAAAAGCGCUAUGAGGCUGCGAAACAAGAUUCUAAAGAGAAGCUCGAGAUCAGCAAACAAAAAUUAGACUCGGUCGAUGAUGAUAUCCGGGAGCGCUUCCGUUUGAUGGAGCAGAGCGGAGAGGCAAGUGAGAAAACGGCUGAUGAGGUCCAGACGGAACUCGCUGCGAAGAAGGCUCAAUUGGAACUGAACAAUCAGACCAACGCAGGUGUCGUCGAUCAGUACAAGAGGCGUCAGGCCGAAAUCGAAGCUCUGAGUACGACCAUUGCAGACAGGGAGAAGAGAAUCGAGCGGAUUGAACGGCAGAUCAAGUCCGCAAGAAAUAAUUGGCAACCUGCUCUCGAGGCAUUGGUACAAAGUAUCGGCCAGAAGUUCUCCGCAGCCUUCGACCGACUGGGUUGUGCUGGCGAGGUCAGGAUAAGCGAGAAUGAAGACUACGAUAAAUGGGCUAUUGAUAUUUUGGUCAAAUUCCGUGACCACGAGAAGCUACAGCUUCUGACAGGCGAAAGACAGUCUGGAGGAGAGCGAUCUCUUACCACCAUUCUCUACUUGAUGAGUCUUACCGAGGAGGCUCGUGCGCCAUUCUCGCUUGUCGACGAGAUCAACCAGGGUAUGGAUCAACGAGCUGAGCGUGCCGUCCAUAAUUCGCUUGUCGAUGUCACCUGCAAGGCCGAUAGCGGACAGUACUUCCUGAUUACGCCGAAACUCCUCCCGGACCUCAAUUACGCCGAGCGUAUGAAAGUUCUGUGCGUGAACAACGGAGAAUGGCUGCCAGAAGAGUCGCCUAAGAUGGGCAACAUGAUGAGCUUGAUCAAUGGGUAUUUGCAGCACAAUCGAGCAAACGCAUCGCCGUAG